UUAUUCUCUUCAUUAUCUAUCAUUCAUAUCCUACUUGUUAGAUUGGUUCGGCUUCAUUCAAAUCGAAACUAUUACAAUGGACACAAUCACCUCAACUUCAGCUUCACUAACACUAUCUCUCCCUACGGUUCCGGUUCGUACAGUUGCUUCUUCCAUCUCCAUCUCUGUAUCUUCUUCAUCAUCUCUUUCCCUCACUCGCUCUCACUGUUCCGCCAGACAGAGACGACUCUACUCUCAAAAAAGAAGGUUCUGGAAUUCUUCUUGUUCUUCUGCGGUUUCAAAAUUUACAGUGACUUGCGGUAUCACGGAAAUCAAUGAGAGUCAGUUCAAGGAAACUGUAUUGAAAUCUGAGCGUCCGGUUCUAGUUGAAUUCGUCGCUACUUGGUGUGGUCCUUGCCGUUUGAUCACUCCAGCUAUGGAAUCCCUAGCUCAAGAAUAUGCAGACAGAUUAACAGUUGUAAAGAUUGAUCAUGAUGCUAACCCGCAGCUAAUUGAAGAGUAUAAAGUUUAUGGACUGCCACACCUGAUUCUCUUCAAGGACGGGAAGGAAGUCCCAAAAAGCAGGCGGGAAGGUGCAAUUACAAAGGUGAAACUUAAAGAACAUGUUGAUGCUUUAUUGGAAUCAAUAUCAGUUACAUAGUUGUUCGUAUAUAUGAUUCCAAAUUGUGACCUUUUUUUGGGAAACUAGAAAUAUGGGAGCAGAUCUAUUUCUGUUCCAUAGCUGGUAUGAGGGUUUAAUAGGCUUUGACAAUUUCCGUCUGUUGUAUAAUCUGUAUCAUUUAUGAAGCUGCAAAUACAGCAUAUAUUGUGGUAAAGGAAGGUUGUGUUGAAGCUCCUCUUUGAUAUAUAAUAAGUUUCUUUCCACAUUUUAUUAUUGUUUUAAAGAUAUUAUACUUAUUUACAUUUUAAUAUAGACGGUUCAAAC